CAGAUACGGCACGUGAUCACUCGUCGCCAUGCCGCACACUGGGCAAGCCGGAGUGAAUCAAUUAGGCGGCGUCUUUGUGAACGGCAGGCCGUUGCCAGACUGCGUGCGCCAGAGAAUCGUGCAACUCGCCAUGGUCGGCGUCAGGCCGUGCGAUAUUUCUCGACAGCUACUCGUGUCCCAUGGCUGCGUCUCCAAGAUACUCACGAGAUUCUACGAGACGGGAAGCAUCCGACCUGGCAGCAUCGGUGGAAGCAAGACGAAGCAAGUAGCUACGCCGACAGUGGUGAAAAAGAUUUUACGGAUGAAGCAGGAGCAGCCGACAAUGUUUGCCUGGGAGAUCCGCGAACAGCUCGCGCGACAGGGUGCUUGUGAUCCCCAGAGCUUACCCUCCGUAUCAUCGGUUAAUCGUAUUCUCAGAGGUGGUGGGCUUCAUACCGAUAUCCCUACCAUCGAGGGAGGUGCAUCCAGUGGCUAUACGUCGCAAAUUCCGUCGAACGCUGGAGCUAGAGAUGCACUCAUGAGAACGGAUUAUCAAUUAUUCUAUCCGGGUGCUUUAGGACCGUUACAUAUUUCUACGAACACUGGCAAUACCGGCACGUCGUCGUGGAAUCAAAGCUUUUAUUCGUCUCUCUAUCAAGCGACCACCUUACACUUGCAGCAUGGAAUGCAAUCCUUCGCACCUUUAGAUGCUGAACGUCUGUCGGAGCAAAACGGCGCACAGAGUCAGCUGGAACUGAAAUCGAGCUCGAGCUCGACGGCCGGUAGCGACGAUUCGCUGGAUAAGAGCGAUUUGGAUGAGAAUCUGGUCGAGUCGCAAGAUCACUACAAGUCUUUUCGAAGCACACCGAUUAUCCUGGAGCUCAGCCAGAAGAUCGGCAGCGAUCGGAGCGCAUUCGUCAGGCACGGCACGCCUAAUUCGCACGCCACGAAUUCGGACAAUUUGCGAGAGAGCCCAAUGUCGAUCGUCGAGACGUUGAAACGAGAUUCCCCGGCAUCGCACAGGAUUCAUGAGGCGAAGAACACAAAUCCGAGCACGACGAUGACGACGAACGAGGGAGCGGAACCCCCCCCCCCCCAGCCGCAAAAGAAGAAGAAUCCCUACUCGAUAGAGGAGUUGCUCAAGAAGGAUGAGAGCAAAUCUGCGUCCAGAAGGCCGAGAUUACCCAACAUCGGCGUGGUCCAACCGUGCGGCAUCAUCGUAAGCAAGGAAAUUUAAAAAAUCUUCGAUAAAUCAAUCUUAUCCGAAGAGAUGGAACGCUGUUGUCGGAGCAAAUACAUAUCGCUUUGCGUUAUGUGAAGUAUGGACUAUAUCUAGAUUCACCAGCCGUGAAUUCUUGCUCGGACGGACAUUAUACAGUGUGAACGUACAUCAUUGGCCAUAGGUACGUGUGUAGUAUUAUAACAUUAUUAACAGGUGUAAAGAAAAAUCGUACGAUAUAAAAUUCGAUGAAAAUUGAACAUGGGGGUCGAAGUAACAGAAGAUUGGUAUCACUAUUGCGACACGUGUACUUGAAAGUAAUUUCUUUGCACCUGAUGAAUUGCCCUUGCGGAUACAGUGAGAAGUAGCGAAUGUCUUAGAUGUCUAACGUCUAACUUAGAGUAUCGACUAAGGAGUUUGAUAGAAGAGUACCGACUAAGGAGUUUGAUAGAAAAUGGUUUUAGAAGCAAACGGUUUUUGAAGCUUCUUAUUCCUCCUUUGAGAGAGAUAGAGAGACAAAAAACAUGGUUGUUCAGUGAAGUAAAAUGAAAAGAUAACGCCAUAUGUAAUAUUAGAAUCGAAAAACUGUAGCGUCGAUCAUAACUUAGUGAAUUAUAUGUAAUCCUUGUGUAAGUUAACUUAUAAUUAAAUUAUUUUCAUUCCUCCUGUUCCGCGUCGCUAAUCUUGAUCGCCGUUUCUUGCUGGCGAUCGACACACGGCUGUUAACUGCUUCGAGAAUCUAAGAUUUCGCUUAACUCUGUAAUUGCGUGCGGCUAGUUAAGAUCGGCGAAAAAAAAAAAAAGAAAAGUGUUUGGAAAUCCGGGAGAAGUUUCCAAUACUUUCACUGAUUUAUCUUGAAUAGUCGAUCGCGAAUCACUGGCGGUGAAAUAUUAAUUAACGUUGCCAGUAUUUCCGGACGGUAAUUACUCUUGCCAAUGCUGAUGCAAAAAAUUCAGCACUUCCAAGCCAUCACGUCACGCAAUAAAAUUCGUACAUUCCACCUUUGAGAGUCAAGACAUAAUUCGUCGACAUAACUGUCGAGACAAAGGAAAACGCGCGAUAUAAAAGUUUCAAACAGCGGAAAUGUUUUUUUUUUAAUCUAGCUUAGCUCGAGCUGAAUCUUGAAACGCGUCUUUGGCAGCCCGCUCGACGGUAUCGCUCGGAAAAGAACGUCGAGCAGGCAAUUAUGCGUCCGUGUCUCCAUUGUAGUUCGCACUUUAGAGCCCGGCGCAAAAUAACCGCGCGAUGCCGUUAUACAUGGCGCGGAGAUCGGGCAAUUAAAUGAAAGCCUAAUAAACGAACGGCUGUAAAGCACGCGGAUGGAGACAUACACGUAAGAAGCCGCGGUGGCGGCGCAGUAAAGUCAUAAACGAUUCGGUCGAGGGUGUCAUACGUGGACACGCCGUGUGUAUACCUUGUAAAAUACGACGAUACGUUGCUCGCGUAAAAAAAAAGGAAUUAAAUAACGGUGUUACCGAGCGGCCGGUAGGGCCUCCCCCAACUCCUUCUCCCUCUUCUCUACUCCUUUGCAUUUACAACGUUGUAAACCUUUGUAUCUCGUUCCUCAUCGCGGACUAAUUAAUGCACUAUAAAACUCUAGUACUUUAUUGCCGAACGAUUUGCUCGUUUUGUUCCCUCACGCCUGCCGAUUGCAUGCUCGCAGGCUAUUUCGGGAUGACAUCUCGAUCUUACAAGAAGCGUGGAAGGAAUCUCGAUUCUCGCGCUUCCUUUUAUUUAUGGUUCUUUCUUUGAAAAGAUUCCGCCGCAAAUCAUCCCGAAAAACCGUACAUGAAGGGAAACGCAGGGGACACACCCCUGUACUUACACUGGCUGUCUUAUAAGCGGAAGCUAAUACGCUAACGCUUGAACUUCCCUUUUAUUUGCCAUACACGGAGAUUACUAGAUCUUAAGAUGAGUGUGGAACACGUUCUGAAAGGAAAAGGCCCGUUACUCGUGUAGGCAUUUGCCUGAAAUAUUUAUUUUAGAUUUAGACGUUGUAAAAUUUUAUGAGCAUUCCGUGCGUCAAACUAUUCGUAAUCUAGAAAAAGAGAAAAUUAAAAUUUGUGUAUCUCUUAUGGAAUGUCAAAGAUGAUUUUUAGAUAUCUAUUUGCCGCGAGAUUUCGAUUUCGCUGCACAGAAUGCUCAUACAGAAAUCUGAUAAUUAGAAUAAUAGUUCUGUACAAUAAUAAUUGCGCCCGAACAGUCUCGUUGGUCUGUAAACUUCAGAAAAUGAUCUCUUUAGAAUUAGGAAAGAAAAAAAUUAAGAAAUUAAAUCACGAUUUAAAUCAAAUGGCGAAAACGAUAUUUAAUUUAAAUCGUGAUUUAAUUAACGACGUUAAAAUAAAAAAUGUUGAAAAAAUUAUGGAUUCAUUAUAGCUCCAAGUUUUUUCGUCGCUGACCUACGGAGACCGUUGCGUAAAAUUAUGCAAGUUAUCAAUUAAAUAAUACUCGUAAUAUAAACUUAUUCUGUAUGAUAUCAUUAAAUACACUAGUCAAAAUGAUAUAUACCAUGUUUAUCUUGUACGUUUUUAUGCCAUGUUUCAUGCAUAUACCAAAACGAUUACAAAAAAAUUACAGCGAUACAAGAAUAGUCGCGUACCAAAAUACGCAUCUUAGUCGAUGCAGUCAUCUUCGACAACUUUUAUGUCUGACAGUUUAUGAAUAAUUAUUAAAUUUUUUUGAUAUUAUGAUAUUGCACACCACAGAAUAGAAUCUAUUUACAUACGAAUUAUGCUUUUUUAUACAUCAUUCAAUCGAAAGUUAUAAAUUGCGGAGUUGCAUUUAAUGUUCCAUUAAUGUUCCAUUUAACUAAAAUAGUAAACAUUUCACAGAAUAAUAACUUAGUGAUAAACAAUUU